CACUUAUCGUCAGCAGAGCAUUGCUACCACAAAGAUCCCGCAGCCGGACGUCCAGUACCGGCACCUGUUCUUGUCUUUGGUGAUGCUACCCAUUGAGAAAAACUGCUGCUGGCGUGGUUUGUUACAAGAUGGCAAGACUGAAUGAUCCUCCUCCUCCACCCACAGAAAGUAUUGAUGCUUUAAAACGACGGUUCAUCCGACAGAACCGCGAAAUAGCCAGAGUGAAUUCGACCCAGUCUCAACGCAUUCGAAACCUCGAGAGCGAAAUCACCCGCUUAGUCGCUGAGAAUGUCGCCUGGCGAGAACAAGCCAUCGCCGCCAAAGCCGAAGCCGAAAGAUGGCGAAGAACGAACAGUGUUAGCGAGGAGAUUCUGAAUUUGAAAGAGAAGCUGCAAACCAAGGUCCAAGAAGUGUCACUGCUACUGGCGGAGAUGGGUGAUCUACCCGAGAAAGCAGCGAGAAAGGCCAAGCGAAAGAGUCGCAUCCAGACAGAAAGCCUCGCGGAACAAGACUGGAAGCAUCGCCUGUCGAUGAGGGAGGCAGCGGGCGCUGAAAGGGACAUGCACGAUGGGAGAUUACCGGCCAUCCUGGAAGACAAAUUAUACCCUCGGCGGACAUUGGAGAGUGCUGAAAUCACGGCUCUCCGGAAUGAAGAAGCAAUGCAGCACGCUUCAGAGUCGCCUGAACUAGGUCCUCCUCCUAUUGCGCAUUUCGAUGUGAAUGACGCAAUUUCGUUCGACAAUCCUAGGCGUUCGCUCGACGGAAACAGUGAGGAAGGGACACAAUUGCCGACGACGCUGGAGAAGAGGCGGAAACGACGCACGAGUGCUUUGCUACAAGAUAUGACGAUCGAAGAUUCUUCUGAGCCAGAGAAAGCAACGCCAUUGCUGCUGAAAUCUGGUGCUAAGCGGAAGCUGGAUGUUACUGAGCUGGAAGAACCCGUGCUGCAACCCAGAGAGAACGAUGAUUUUGUCUUUCAGCGAAGGCAGGAACUCUGGACCACCGAGGCUACCGGCAAGAAGGCAUCUCGAUUCACAAGGGCGCCUGGUCGGGAGAACGACAAACACGCGGAAGCAACGGUUCCGUCACCACAGAAACCAGCAGAGAGGAAGAUCCUCGCGCCGAAGAGCACGAACUCCCCUGCGAAGAGGAGGGUACGUGUGGCUCAAAAGCUGGAAGUGGUGAAAGAUGAUGAGCAGGAAAAGCCUUCAGCCAAAUUUUCACACAGGCUUAACAUUCGACCCCCACUUGAAGCGCAAGAGAUAGUUCCGGAACCAGAAAAGGAGGCUGAGACGAACGGCUUGCCCCCAAAGACGCCAGCGGUUCUGGAAGACGAUGUUCUUUCUCCCAUCUCGACUGAGCCCUCAGCUCGGACUCACCAGACGAAAGAGGCUGCCAUCUCGAACUCGGUGGAGGAUGUACUUAAUGGGAGCAUCGGGCGAGGGUCACGACGAUCGAGGCCAGCGGUUAGCUAUGCAUUGCCUAAUUUGCGAGACAAAAUGAGAAGGCCGACUAAGGACUUGGUCGGAGCAGUCGAGGGCAUUGAGAAACCGAGAGACUCGGGUGCAAGGACGAGCAUUCGAGGCACGUCUGGCGAGCCAGGAAAUUCAGACGAUCCUCAAUCGAUGGAUGAAGGAGGCCUCAAAACCAAGCACGAGAAACCCGCUAGCGAAGAAGUUAGAUGGAAGGGGGCCCCAUUGAACAACAAGGAAGAACCUACCAGUCCACUACGAGACAAGGAAAGAAAAGAAGUCAGUCGAGACAAAUCCAACACAAAGAGUGAGCAAAAGCACAAAAGCCGGCAGAGCUACGGUGAUGAAUUGGAAAAGGCGGUCGACAGACUAAGUAUUUUCGAUCCGCCAGCGUCCUCGCCCAUGGAAGAGCCUCAUGAGCAGGAUGCGAGGACGACAAAGCGGAAAAGUACCACAAAUUUGCUGAGCAGAAGGCAUUCUAUGCAGUCUUCUGCCUCCGACUCAGCCGUCGAUAAUCCUACCAAGGACAACGCAGGACCGCUACUGUCCUCGCGGUUAAAUCCUACUCCGAGGGCGCCGCCUCCGCGCCCCAGUUCGGCUGCGAGCCUGAGACAGAACUCGUCCUCUUCUCGAGCCGCGGGCUUGAAGCGUUCCAGCAGCAUUAACUCCAAUAUACGACCAUCAGGUACUGAUAGCAGUGCCACCUCAGGCAACAGCAUCGCUCCGAGUACGGAGAGGGCGGCCAGUCGGCGGAGGAGCAUGAUGGUUUAGCAGACCGGGACUUCUCGGCCGAGGACGCGAGCUUCGACUUGGAAUGAAUAAGCAUUGUCGUGGUGGCUCUUGCGGCUUUCCGAUGGAUAUGGUCCUUGAUAAUGUCGUUGCUUCUGUUGUCUGUCAUUCGAGCAAGCGUGGUGAGAUUUUGUAACUAGGAGAUCAAGUCUCUUGCUUUCCUUUUGAAUAAUGACCAUUCACGACUCC